CCUUGUACAAAAACAUAUCAAACGUCAAAUAAUUUCCCUCGAAGGCGGCAUCCAGGUCAUUGUAGACCUGAACGCAUACUAUGACUUUGUAGCGACACUCAAGGUCCCUCAUCUCGUCCAAGAAUUUGCCAACCUAAAAAAACUGGGACACGUCUUCGUGGUCGCGGAAGCAACAGAUCUGGCAGCCAUUGUACGGGAUGCGACGAGAUACGGGGGGACAUUCAGGCCAGAAGACGUGUACGAGUUUGUACAGCGGCGGAGUGACUGGAAGAAGAUUGAGAGAGACGUCGACCGUACCAUGUACAACCUGAGUUUCAAGGAGGAUUGUCGGCCUUAUUCACAAGGGAAACGAAGAGCAAAUACCCUUAAUAGCGACAAAUUCGUUCCUCUGCAACCGAAAUCUUGGUCACAAUACUUUCACCUCGCUCCGCAGCCUGAUCAACCCGAGCCUAUCAAUCUGGCUCAGCGGUUCAAAGCGACGUUCUCGCGGGAAAAUGUAUCCGUUCACUUCGUCGGCGUAUGGGACACCGUAUCUUCUGUCGGAAUCGUCCGAGGAAAAAAUCUCCCUUUGACGGAUACUGUGGAUAAUGUCUGCUUCUUUCGCCACGCCCUGGCUCUCGAUGAACGCCGCGUUAAAUUCCUCCCAGAGUAUGCCAUUUACGAAAAGGACCGCCGUCCGGCCAUUUCCAAAGGGGUGAACCAGGACCCUUCAACUCCUCCUCCACCGCCUCAUAUCAAAGAGGUCUGCGGCGGGGGAAAUCAACUCAAUCUCAACCUCGACCUCGGACGGACGCCUGGCAUUUGGAUGAUGUCCGAGGCGAUCGGAAGUGGGGCCCUGCUCAAGCCGAAAAAAGUCGAGUGGGAUUGGCAAAACUUGGAUGUCGUCCAAGAGUCACUGACAGGGAUAUGGAGUCUCUUCGAGUGGAUACCGUUCAAAAGACUGUCAUACCAAGACAGCAGUUCGACUACCUAUCA